AUGCGCCACUCCUCAGACGGGCUCUUGGCGUCCACUUAUAAGGACGACCAACCUGUCCCGCCGAUUCUGCGCCUCCCGGACGAGUUCUUGGCGUCCACUCAUGAGGACGACCAACCUGUCCCGCCGAUUCUGCGCCUACCGGACGAGCUUCUGGACAAGAUCGCUUUUCCCCUCCUCGCGACUCCCUCCUACGCCGAGGACCUUAUCUCCUUGACGCGAGUCUGUCGUCGACUGUCCGCAGCGGCGGUGCGCAUCCUCUUCUGGGAUCCGACUCUGCCCUUGUACCGUGGCAAACUCGAGGAGGAGGCCGACGAGCGGAACUGGGAGCGAUUCGAGGCUCUCGUUCGGCGUCUCAAGGAGGAGCCGUCGCUUGGAGCUCACGCCCGCACCUUCCACCACCUAGGCCACGUCACCUACUUCAAGACGAUGUCCCAGAUGAAGUGGCUGCGUGAAUGGGACAAACCCGUCAUCGCGCUCCUCGAAGCAUGCCCCAACAUCACCGAAAUUCAGAUCGCAGCUUUUUUCGGGCGUGCCCAGGUCGGCGACAGAUUCGGAUGGCUCGACCGCCUGCACGACUGCCGGCGUUUGGAGGACAUCAAGCUGCGGCAGGUGCAGGAAGGUACCGAGAUAUGGCUCAUGGCCUUCCUGUGCACGGUGAAAUUGCCGCCGACCGCGCGCCUCACGCUGCUGCAUUUCGACAUACCCUUUGCCGAGGUCUCCAGCUGGCGCACGAUGGCCAACCUCUCCACGAAGCACCUCACGUUCGAACAUUGCAACAUCACCGGUACCAAGGGCUGGUCUACCCUCCGUCUCGCCGCGCCCAACCUCGAACACCUCCGCCUCCAUCUCGGCACAUUGCCCGACUCUCUCCCGCCUGGCCUCCUUCCUCCCACGCUGCGCACCCUCGACUUCGACGUCAGUUAUGUUGUCAAGAGAAAAGCCGGCGACACGAGGGCGAUGACAUCCUGGCUCGAACACUCCUCGCCCUUGCUCCUUUCCCUCCCCUCCCUGCCUAACCUCGUGAGACUGCAUCUCGCCUGUGCAUGUCUCACGACGGAUGCCGUCUUUGCCCUCCCCAACAUUGCGCCGAGAAUGGAGGAACUCCUCCUACCCGGGACCGUGUACCAAGACGACGAACUCAUGUGCGACGAGGCCGACGAGGUCUUCCUUGACCUCGUCUCGUCCUUCCCCCGCCUCGCUCGUAUCGAUCUCGGCAUGGUGCUGUUCCGCAGGGACGAUCGAGACGAGCUUGCUCUGACCAAAGAGUACUGCAUGCUCAACCGCAUCGAGUUGGCGUACGAACGGGACGAUCUCGAGGAAUUAUAG